AUGAUCGCGGUGGGCGCCCCGCACCAGACUCCUCGUUCUGCAAAUGACCACCUGAAAAUCGACGAUGGCAGCUCGAUCGAUUCGCGUCAAAGCCGAUCCGCCGCCUCUUCUGUCUCAUCAUCGAGACAAGAGGACGAGCGUUCGAAGCGCAAAUCCAACCGUCUGAGCGCGUUUGGGAGGUCCGGGCGCAGCUUGUCGCCUUUCCGAUUCGGAUCCAAGAAGCGCUCGUCCUCAGCAAAUCGCCUCAAGAUCAAUGGCGAGGACGACACUGGAUCCGAGGCCGGCAGUAGAAGCGAACGUGACAAGGAUAGCGACACCGAGUCCGUCAUGAGCUCUGCCUCCGGUAUCACUCCACGCAAUAGUGCCUUCUUCAGUCCUGACGACGAGGACGAUCUCGACGCCUCGAUACCUCACUCUCAUCGACGCCGCCAUCCUGCCUCGCAAAACGAGCACGACACGCAUCUACCAAAAUCGGGCUCAUCCGCGAGCAUUGCAUCGUCUACACAGCUUCACGAUGAUCAUCAUGGAGCCGAGGCCGACGUUGAGUCGGAUGACGGCUCGGAUGUAUCCGACGACGACAUCAAGCACCUCUCCACCAGCGAGGCCGACCAGGAUGACGACGAUGAGGAAGACGUCGAUGACAUUGAUCCGGUACUGCUCGACAACACCAUCUACAAUGCAGAAUGUCUCACCUCUCAUGAGCACUGGAACGCUCCCAAGUCCGAAGACGGCCCUCCCCACUUCGAGACCUACGAAGACGAAGACCUCGAAAGGGAUGACGAACACCUCACCGCACCCAAUGUCGUCCUCAGCGAAGACCAGGUGUCCACCUUUGUCCAGCGCCGCGGCUCCAAGAUGCUUUCGCUCGACCUUUCAAGACCACGCUUCGAGCGUAACCGCUGUACCAUCACCAUCAACCACGGCGACGCCGAUGCUGCUGCCAAAACCAGCAAACGACCAAAGCGUUACGUUGUGGCCAGUGAUGGUUCCGAGGAAUCUUCGUAUGCGGUAGAGUGGACCAUAGGCACCGUUUUGAGGGACGGCGACGAAAUGCUCGUGGUCUCGGUGAUGGAAACCGAUACAAAGCUCGACGCUCUCGAUCCCAAGCACGAGGAAGUCUCGGCCAGGAUGGAACACCAGCGCAUCCGCCAAGCCAUGGCAUCGGUGCUUGCCAAGCAGGCCACCCACUUGCUCGAGCGUACCAGGCUCGAAGUCAAGAUCUCCUGUCAAGCCAUCCAUGCCAAGAACGCACGCCACAUGCUGCUCGAUCUCAUCGACUUUUACGAACCGACCAUGGUCGUCGUAGGUUCGCGAGGGUUGGGUUCGCUCAAAGGCAUCUUGCUCGGCUCGACCUCGCACUACCUCGUGCAAAAGUCAUCCGCCCCCGUCAUGGUGGCGCGCAAGCGACUCAAGCUGCCAGCUCUGCCACGGGGCAAGGGAGACGUGGUCGAAUCUGUCCGCGCCCGACACAUGCGCCUUGACCAGGCCUCGAUCGAAAAGGUCUCAAACGCAGGCGAGGAUGCUCCUUCCGAAUCGAACAUUGCCGAUGACAAAGCUGACAAUGGCGACGAUAGCACGCCGGACAACGAGGCUGAAGCCGAUCCAAGUGCGGAUCAACCAUCGACGGAUACGCCAGCAGCUGCUAUCGUUGCGGCGGUGAAGGCAUCCGAACCGUCCACGCCGCCUCGUACCACGCGAGCCGAGGAUACGAGCCACCCGAGUCCUAAAUCGCCGUCCAGCAGCGAUGGCAGUCCCAAGCUGCAGCGCAGAGGAUCCAAAGCUGGUCCGACCGUCAUCCCGCAUACGUCGCUCGAACGCGAGGCCGAGACGCGCAUCCAGAUCCAGCAACGCAAGGAGGAAGCCGCCAAGUUGCACGAAGCCGACAAGAAGAGGCAUGGGUUUGCCCACCAUUCAGAUCACCUCAAGACGUCCAAGUCAAGGCAAAGCGACUCCGACAACGAUCCUGCCGACGCCGAGAUCAAGCCGAAAUCGCAGACAGGAGUAGCUGCGGAUGAGACGUGA